UUCAAAUUAUUGGCAUCUUAAGAGACUAGAUUUGUCUCAUAAUAGACUUAUAAUGCUCCCAGAAAAAUUCCUAUCGAAUGCAAAUGCUUUAGAAGAAAUUUACCUCGGGAACAAUAAUCUGCAACAAUUGCCAGAAAACUUCCUAAGCAAUUCUUCCAAAGUAAGAGUGAUACAACUUGAAGGAAAUCAGCUAACUAAAGUUCCGUCAAGUGUUUUUCACUCUAGUCUCCUUAACUUAAGUGUAGACUGCACAUGCGAUGUGGCAAGCAGUAUAAUGCAGCACCUUAAUAACAACUCAACAGACCACUCACUUCUUUCUGUGACAUGCACAACAUCGUCCUUUACAUCAAGUUUGAAAAAAGUUGAUGAUUUCUUUGCAAACAACUGUGGUUCACAAAUCUUGUUGGCUCUAUGCAUUGUGCUGCCUAUAGUAGCCUUAGGGCUUAUAGUUGGCAGGGUGGCUCUGUACCUCUGGAAGAAGAAUAACAAUUCAACUAAUUUGGGAAACAAGUCUGCUACAGAGCAGUCCCCUUCUCAUGGGCAACCACGCUACACGACAAGAAAUAGGGAUGUUAUGACAUCAACCCCAAACCAAGGUCUGAGGCAAGACUAUGAAAAUGUAUUUGUUGGUCACUUUGAAACAAACAAGACAAAUCCUCAUGGAUAUUCAAAGGAACAAAGCAGACAAGGAGCCACAAGUAAACAAACCAUGGAAGAAGAUAUCUAUUUAGAGAGUGACGUCAAUGACGGAAAUCAACCAAUUUACAGCAACACGCAAGGAGUAUAUUACAACUAUUGUGAUCAUGGUGGCACCGGUAUAAACAAAGAAGAUGAUGAUGUGUAUAUUUUACCUGAUCACUGAACAGUAAUCUAUCCAUCACAAUUUCAUGGCUUUCAGAGGAAUCCUAUCAGUGUGUUGUUCCGGUAUCAUCUUUGAU